AGGACAUUCUCUGGCCUUUCACAAUUCCCAUUUCUCAUUCAACAGAGUGUGGUGUAUUACAGAGCAUUGUGUACGUUCGUCCGUGUAAAAAACUGUUUCCCAUAUUUUUUGUGUGUAUCUCGUAGUCAAAUCAGGCAAUAGACAUUUUUUGUGUUUCGGUGAUGCCAGUUUACAAGUGAUAUUUGUCGCCCAUCAUUAGAACGAAUGGAAAUUCUUUAGUGCGUAAAAUGCGAAGAAAAUUCGGUUUGAAAAUCCAUCGGAAUUAUACUUGAAAAAGUGAAUAGCGACAUCCAAAUAAGAAAACGUUGUGAAUGUGAAAGAAAUUGUUGCGUGUCCACAGCAAAAAAAAAUAUGUUGAAUUUGUUGAUUCUCGUUAUAUAGAUGUAUGUAUACAGUGGAGAGUUCAACAGUUUGUAUUUUGUUAUAUCUCCAAGAUAAAGUGAAAAGAACAACACGGACAACAAACGUACAUAUAACAGUUGCACAUCCAAAUGUGAUAAGAUAUCGUAAAUAAGUACAAAACGAAUACUGCAAGCAGAGAGGUUGUAGUGAAAAUUAAAGCAAAAAACUAAUUGUGAUAAACAUGAGUGGAUUGGGUCCAGCUGCAUGUUGGUUAGCGCACAAGCGAUUAGAAUCGUGGUCAAGAAUAGCCAAAGAACGCGUUGGAGCUGUAAGAAAGAGCGAUAAAAGCGAAGAUGAGAAAAGUUCAGCAUCGACGACACAUCGCGAUUCGAAUUCUGUGUCGUCUUCGUUAGAGGAAUGCAAUGUUAUUCGUGAACCGCAUGCAAUACAACCCGUUUCAUCCGUUCCGGCCCAUACAGUUAACACUGAGCAUUUAAGAGGUCCUUUGGAGGUAACGCCGAGCCCCCUACACUCGUACCUUCAGCAUCAAAGCAAAUCUUUUCCUCCUCGCCUGCAGAGAACGCCAUCUGUUUCUAGUCAAAGUAGCUUAGAUAGUGCACCAUCUCGUCAAUCGGGUCAUAGAGGAUCAUCACCUCAAAUCGCUAUCAGAGCAUACGGACCGGACGGCCGAACAGCUACGACGAGCGAACAUUCGAGUCUACAAUGUCCUCGAUCUCCCAGUCCGAUGCGUGCUAUAAGUCUUGAUGCUCGGUGCUCAUCACCUUCGGAUUCUGAUAUUCGCACAACAAGUCCAUCUCAAAGCAGUUUGGCAUCGUUAGCUAGUGGCAGCGCUUGCGGAAGCAGUAUCUGUCUAUCCCCAAAACUUGGUCGAUGUUUAUCUCCAUUACUCAUUCCACCAAGGACUCCAGCAGGUAUAGACCCUGGUUGCGGUCCAGCUAGUCCAUUAGGUGCUUUGCAACCAGAUCUAUAUCAACGGCCAGACGGACCAAUAUAUCUUACAGCGCCAGAAAAUAGCGUCGCUUUGGGAAAGCUUCACUUGCGAAUUAGAUACGAUUCUCAUCUCUUCGACUUAGCCGUGCAUUUAAUUGAAGCCCAUAAUCUAUGUCCAAUCGAGGAGGGUGGGUUCCGAGAUCCAUAUGUGCGACUGCAACUUGAACCGGAAGUGGACACCAGAAAACGACAAACGGCAAUACAUCGCGGAGAAGCACAUCCAUAUUUUGAUCAGAAUUUCAAAUUUCCGGUUAGCAGAGAUCAACUGCAAGGCAAAGAACUAAUACUGCAGGUGCUCGACUAUGACCGAUAUUCGCACAACGAUAUUAUUGGUGAGGUUCGCAUUGGUAUUGAUGAACUCGAUCUGUCUAAGUCAGUUGAGAUAUGGGGCGAUUUGAUACGAAUGAAGAAACCACCAGAAGAUCGUCCGGAAUUGCUGAUUUCAUUAACAUAUUUACCUCAAGCGGAAAGAUUAACAUUCAACAUCAUGAAAGCUAAAAAUUUAAACACACACCAUGAACCAUGGGUUCGAAUUUAUCACAUUGUUAAUGGAAAACGUGUGAAAAAACGCAAAACUGCCACGCUCAAAUUCGACGAUGUACAGAAUCCACUUUGGAAUGAAUCCUAUUCCUUUAGCAUGCCACAAUCCAUCAUGCAAACGACAGCAUUUGAGAUUUAUCUAGUCACUUCCGGUGGCGAAUCGAACGCUAUAAGCUGUGGCAUCGGACCAGAGGAGACUGGUUCUGGAAAGCAGCAUUGGAUUGAUAUAUUGCACAAUCCGCGGAAACCAAUUGCAAUGUGGCAUUAUCUGAGAUAAGAACAUUUUGAAUCGGAAAACCUAUCGCAGACGACAAAGUCGCAGAAGCAACAUUGUAUUAAUAGCCAAAUGUGAAGUAAGAGAUUUGUUUGCAUCAAUUUCUUAAAAAUGUUUAGAACAAAUGAAGUAAUAGAUUCAAUCAUUAUAUUGAAUAAGAUUGCCGUCUGCGGAAGGUUAACAUUUCACUUAGGGUUUCAUAAAUAAUAAUGUAAGAUGAAAUGCGAGGAUGUUCCUUUCAUCCAUAUAAGGACCGUAGAAAAUUACUUCUCCCAACCAUUAUUUUACCAUGCAUGUGAUGCAUAAAACAAAAUAUUACGACAGAACACUAGUUACUAAACCAUCAAUCUUAACGUCUUCCACUUUGUGAGAUUAUUUUUGAUCAGUUCAGUCUGUCUGUCGAUCUAUUGGUUUAAAAUAUUUUGAAAAUUUUUGUAACAAGACAGUAGACUUCUGAGCUGCUACAGAAAUGUGAGCGUUGAUCAUGCAUUUUAGAUGAACAUUGGCAGUAGUCAGAGCACAGCCCAGUAGUCAGAGCAGUGCUGUGGUCAGAGUCAAAAACAUUCAAGAGUCAUCCUAAUCCGAAAACAAUUAAAAACUUGAAUUGUAUGCUUGCAGCUGAGGCAGUGAAAUUUCAGCUUUUUUUAAAUUGUAUGUGUGGAUCAGCUGAAAAACUGGAAGAGAAUUCAUGCUGAAAUUUCACUACCUCCGACUGCAUCAGAGCUUUAUAUUCAGGUUUUACAAUCAUGUCAAGUAUUUCAAUCAGUGUUUUGUGAAGCUUUGAAUUGUCCCACUGGUCGAAGACCAAUUGUGGUCUGAAAGAUCAAGUGAGGUAAUUUUCGAAAAAGAGCCGGUCCUGACCUGACUUUAAUAUUGUUUUAUUGAAAUCGGUCAGGUCAAGUCAAUAUUGAUCAUAAGAUCUAGCUCAGGUUCAGGUAUUUCCAAGUCAGUUUCAGGUAUAUUGGAAGUGUGAUUAGAAGGUGAAAAAUAUCGAGAAAUAUUGUACUUGAAACUCUUAAUGUUUCAUCACGUUGCAGAGGUAUCGAAAGGUGUUCACCAGAACGUUUUUUCAAAACGCGAACUUAACAAUCAAAUCAAACUGAAACGAAAGAUCUUUCGCUGACAAUGUGUGAAACUGUAUCAUGACUAGAUCCGUCACGUCUCUCGUUCCGCAAAGUUUCCACUCUCUGAAAUGCAGUGGUUUUUGCUUCAUACAUUUUAAAUAUAGACUCUGCUGCCGAGCUCUGCCGUAACCUUUCACAUUUUAACGGACAGAGAAACCUAUAUAUUCAUGUUAGUUGAAACUAUUCCUGUAAACAGAACAUAAAAUUCCUUCGACCUCGUUAAAUUACACAUCUGCCCAGUUAAUGUUCUUCCUCCUCUCGUUUAAAAAUUUUAUUCGUUUAAUAUGCCAGGGACUGUGAACCAUUUGAUAGUCGAGAAGAACAUGUGGUUUAUAGCCAUUUUGAUGGGCUUUUCGCACGGCAUGAGGAACCAUUCCAUCAAUUAUUGCUAAAAUAAGCUGCUGCUGCUGGUAAUGUUUACGGGCAGUUAACGAGUGUUGGUAAAAACUUUAUCUAACGCCAUUUCCGGCGCUUAUCAACGCACAUAAUACAGUUCUGUUUAUUUAUUUAGAAAAAUAUUUUUCCAUGAAAAAUAUAAAAAAUAAAUUUCAUGCACACAACCUACAUACCGACACACAUUAAUGAUGUAUUAUGGUAUGGUAUACUACAUGUAACUUAUGUCGAUGGCAUGGUAGAGGAAGUUUGGUUUAUUAAAUUUCUUUUGAAAUGUUUUUCUUUUUUUAAUUCUGGUAAACUAAACGAAGCAUUUAAGUAAAAAUUUAGAGAGUCAACCAUCUGAGAUCCGUUUCACCGAGCACAAAUUCGCCUUGAAUAAUUUAUGUGUCAAUCACUCUUCAAAUCAUAAAUUCAUUUUAUAGGCCAACCAUAUUCAGUAUUUAAAUGAACCCUCGAACCUGAAUAUAAAUUACAAUAUAAAAGUUGAAUGAGCAGAGAAAAAAAAAUAAAAAUUUUUGUUUCCUUCAAAGUGAAUAGGUUUUGAAAAAAAAGUUAUUUAGACAACAACAACAGUGCUCCAUUUCAUAUAUACUUAUUUGUAUGCGCUGUUUGGUUGACAUAUUUUCAAGUGCUCUGUGGGAAUUUUUGAAAUUUUUAUUUCGAAUCGAUGAUAUUUUCCUUUUAUGUCAGAACAUUGGUUUCACUUACAUGAUUGAAGAAGUACUGAAUGCGUCGCUGAUGGAGCACUGAACUAUGCUGAAUAAUUUUUUUUUUUAAAUAAUAUUUCGAUCAAUGAAAUUGCUGUCGUAAACCUUAAAAUCGCGACUAUAAAGAGAAAACGUCAUUCAUAUCAGAAGCCUUUCAAGGGCGUUAUUAUAUCCUGAUGAAAAAUUUACCAUUUACUUUUAUGCACCAGUAGGAAUAUGUGAUUCCAUAACGUGUAAGAAAGCUUAAUUGAAUUUGAAUACAAUUGUGGUUAACUUUGCACAAUUCUUACUUUCGUUUAGAUGUAUUCUGUCUGGACGUUAGGAUUAAGGUUUCAGGCUAAGCAUUGAAAUUAAUUUGAAAUACAAAAAUUCGCCUAAGAAUCCGGUGAAAUUAAUCUCACCAAAGAUUUGACAAAAAUCAAAAAUCGUCUAUGUAUUGAAAUUGAGGUUCGUCCAGCGUCCACUCUUACAAAAUUGUCGAGGGAUAAAUCACUCUCGCGAUUAAACAGGAUUGAGUGGGAUUAAAUGGUAUUAUUAGUGAUCCAAUGGGAAGUGAUUUCACCCUCGAAAAUUGGCUAAUUUGAAGGCUCGUUGCAGGCCGUGAUUGUAAAAUUAAUGCUUCGACAUAGGGUCUAUGUUAAUGGCUGCAUCUUUAGUCAGGUCAACUACAGGUUAGAAAUGAAGUUUUGUAUACAUUCCUUACCAUAUCAUCUACAUGUGCAUUGAAAUAACUCCAUUUAAAAAUCACCUCCGGUCUAUUGCGAACUAAAAUGCGUCCGACACAAUCGACUUUUACCUUUUAUGGCACAAUUAAAACUAACGAAAAAUUUGAAUUUUUGUAACAUAAAAAACAGGUUCUGCUGUGUUUGUACCUUUUACUGUAUAUUAUCAAUAUACCUGUGUUAACAUCAUCGACAACUACAGGCGUUAUCAAAUUCUGUCGAAUGUGAUCCUAUCAAUACUAGGGGGGUCCAAAAAAUAAAAGUGUCGAGGAAGUUGGCGGACCCCUGGGAAAAUAAACCUUUAUG